CAUUUUCCUCUUUUUCAUUGCCGGCGCACACAAUCAGAAAAAAAAAAAGCCCUAACUCUAACCUCCCCUUUUCUCUCUCUAAAAUAAAUAAAAAAUUCUAUCUGGGUUUUGCUCAAAAUCCAAUCUUUUAAGGAAGGGUGCGCAGAAGGGAAUUGAACAUCAAAUAUUCUAGUCAGUUCUAUGAUCUCAAAGAAAAUUGGAUUCACAUAAUGGAUUAACUGAAAGGAUGUUGGUCUGUCAUGAUUGUGCAGUGGUGAUUUUGAUGUUGCACAAAGUUUUACUUCCUUGCUGCUGAUUACAAGAACUUGGAGUAAAAUUUGAUUGCUAAUGGAUCGAAAGGAUACUUCAGGAUUCGUAAGCGGGGGUGCGAUGUGCUCUUGUAGACACAUCUAACCCUAGUUAAGACUAACUUUCUUAAGCCCGGAAGUCAGGCGACUGUUCUUUUUCAAUUGAGAUUUUGUUCAAAUAGGAGUUUUUGUACCAGCUUUUAGCUUAUGGAUCCCAGAUUCCGCUAUGUGGGGUUUACCGUGAACCCUCAGUUAAAUGCAUUCAAGAAUCUGGACAAAUCCGUCACAGUUGGUGGAGUUGGAGUUGGAGGUGGUCAUUGUGCUGAUACCACCUUACGGCUUGAUUCGAUUGGCUCUUCAAUUCCUUCUACCCCUGCCACAAAAGGAAUCAAGCGGAAAUGGAGCUCAAUUGGUGGAUCUGCUGAUCAGCAAAUUGGUUCAUCUUUGUGCCUACGCUUAGGCCACUCGUCAAGCUCCUCUGAUAGUAAGGGGAGCUCAGGCGCUGCGUGCACUUCAAUGUCUUCAGCAAGAGAAAAUGAUGAAGGGUCUUCGAUGGACCUGGACUUGGACUUUAGUCUCCAUCUUGGUAAUGAGAAGAUCCCAAGCUCAAAAAAGUCUGCUCACCCCAAUUCAAGUAAACUUGACAAAGGGCUUGCAGUUGAUCUGGAACUAAGUCUUUCUAGUUGUGCUGCUGAGUCUGAUGUUACUACUGUUCAUUUGCUCUCCACCUCACCACAAAGUAUCAUGAAGGUGCCACAGGCUAUAGCUGGAGCUUUUCAUACUGAUGAAGUAUCAACAGCUACACAUUGGAAGGCCAGCAACAUUUUCCAUCCAUUACAAACUCCAACAGAAGCUGGUUCUAGUUACUUCUUGAACCAGGCUGCAACACAAAUCAAGCAAGCUCCAGUCUCUCCUGAUCUCUCGUCAAGUUUAAUCGCAAAUUCAAAAAGCUCAGUCACCUGUACUUCCGGGUUAACACAACAGCAGCAGCAGCAACAACAACGUAACAGUAGUACCAAACAGUGUCAGUUCAAGGGAUGCGUAAAAGGAGCAAGAGGUGCUUCUGGCCUUUGCAUUGCUCAUGGUGGGGGCCGUAGGUGUCAGAAACUAGGCUGCCACAAGGGAGCUGAGGGCCGGACUGCAUUUUGCAAAGCCCACGGGGGUGGUCGUCGGUGUGAGUUCCUAGGUUGCACCAAGAGUGCAGAAGGACGCACUGACUUUUGCAUUGCUCAUGGGGGUGGACGCCGUUGCAGUCAAGAUGGGUGCACUCGUGCUGCCAGAGGGAAGUCUGGAUUAUGCAUUCGACAUGGUGGUGGCAAGAGAUGCCAGAACGAGGGCUGCACCAAAAGCGCAGAAGGUCUCUCUGGCCUCUGCAUUUCACAUGGAGGUGGGCGGCGCUGUCAGUACCCCCAGUGCACUAAAGGAGCGCAAGGAAGCACCAUGUUCUGCAAGGCACAUGGUGGUGGUAAACGUUGCACCUUUGAAGGGUGCAACAAGGGCGCAGAGGGGAGCACGCCUUUUUGUAAGGGUCAUGGUGGUGGAAAAAGAUGUUCAUUCCAAGGAGGUGGGGUCUGCCCGAAGAGUGUUCAUGGGGGGACACUCUUCUGUGUGGCGCAUGGUGGUGGCAAGAGAUGUGCCGUGCCAGAGUGUACCAAGAGUGCAAGAGGAAGAACUGAUUUUUGUGUACGCCAUGGUGGUGGAAGAAGAUGCAAAGUUGAAGACUGUGGAAAAAGUGCUCAGGGAAGCACUGAUUUCUGCAAGGCCCACGGCGGAGGGAAGCGAUGCUCUUGGGGUCAGCCCGAUUCUGAAUUUGGCCAAGGUGAUGGUCCUUGCAACUCAUUUGCUAGAGGGAAGACUGGACUUUGUGCAUCUCAUGGUGCUCUCGUACAAGACAAACGUGUUCAUGGUGGUGCCACUUUAGGGGCUAUGGUCCUGGAUUCAGCGCCAAACCAGUCCGAGAAGAUGAAGGGAAUUGUCAACCUAGAAGACAUCUGUUUUGAUGCCAUGAAAAUGCAGAGUAAUGGUAUGACAUCCGCCAAUGGUUCUGAUGUGGAAUAUUUUGGAUUUAAGCAAAAUACUAAUAUGCAAGUUGGAGGCAGCUCAUCAUCAGUUUCUGAAGGAAGGGUGCAUGGAGGAAGUUUGAUGGCAUUGCUGGCAAGUGGCUCUGGCCGUACCUCAAACAGCAGCAAGGGAGCAGUUACUGCGUCUGAGCCUGGGAAUUCUUUCCUAGUUUCCAAGAACUGGAUGUAAGAUGUAUAGCCACUCUGUAUUCUCAAGUUGAUUGUAAGACCACAGCGUUUCCACCGCUAUGUUAUGUCAUUUUCGUUUUAGCUUCUUCACUGGUACAGUGACUGUGAAGCUUUUCUUUCUUGUGUUUAGUGGGUUUGAACUAGAACUUCUUACUAUUAAAUGUAUGUGUGUCAAUAAGGGGAACCCACUUGGGUCAAAUUAGCCUUGUGAGGUUGGGUCAUUGGUAUUUGUUCUAUGUACAUAGCCUUUUUCAUGUAACAUUUGGUCUUUGUGAAUAUUCAGUGGAGUAUGAGAACUUGUAAUAGUAAACCUUCUAGCAGCUUUUCAUCCUGAGGUUCUAUAUUUUCCAUUUGAUUAUUGAAUAUUAUGAAGGUUCCAACA